AUGACUCGUUCUCCGAAAGUCGGUAUUGUGUCCAUCGGAGAGAUGGGUGCGGGUAUUGCCAAGUUGCUGGUGGCCCAUGGCUACGUGGUUCUGACCAAUAUCACUGGCAGAAGUCCGUAUACAUACAAACGCGCGGAGGCGGCAUCGAUCACACUACUGAACAGUGACGAAGAUUUGGUAGUCCAAGCCGACUACAUCUUAUCGAUUGUGCCCCCACGGGAUGCGCUGGGAACCGCGCAACGAAUUUUCACUGCCGCGGCCUCAUACAGGGACGAGGCAUCCCCUCCACUCUACUAUCUCGACCUCAACGCGGUGAGUCCCGGGCGGGCACGCCACAUGGCCGAGGAGUUUCGGUUCCAUGCGCCCAAGACGGUGGUGUUUAUCGACGGAGGCAUUCUAGGGGGGCCGCCGUCCCCACUGCCCCCUACAGGGCAGAAGGGUGGGGACGGCAUCCAGUGGAAGCGGCCGGCCAUCCCGCUGGCUGGGCCUGAGCUCCCCGACCCUCAGCUCGCUCGCGUGCUCAACGUCACUCAUCUCGGUCCCACCGUAGGCGCGGCGAGUGGGCUCAAGUGCUGCUUUGGUGCUUUGAUCAAAGGGCUCAUUGCUCUAUCCAUUCAGUCAUUCACCACCGCCGAGGCCUUGGGAGUCUACGAGCCCCUCCAGGAGUUUCUCAAGCACUUCCAGCCCGCGCUCCAGGAGAGCACCACUCGCAUGAUCACCGAGAUCCCCCCCAAGGCCGGUCGCUGGGUCGAGGAGAUGUGGGAGAUUGGUCGGUGCUUCGGAGAGGACGGGGGCUGGGACAACGUGACUGGGCCCCCGGGGAGCGCAGAUAUCUACCGCCGCGUCGCCGAGGUGUUUCGAACUCUGGCGGAGGACACGGUGCUGGGACAAGAAAGACCCGAGCAUCGCGUGCGAGGCACGACUGCCAUCGACGUUGCGGUCGCCAUUGAGGAGACUUUGAAGCCCAAGGUGAAGGAGUGA